AUGCCCGCCAAUCGCCCGCCUUCGAGAUUAGAAAAGUAUAAAAUGUGGGGUUGGAGGUUACCAAACGUCCUUCUUUGGAAAUGGUCCUCGGUGUUAUUUUUUAAGUCAAUCCGUCUUUCUUCUAUUAACACCCAUAUUAUCAUUUUUCCUCUUCUUGCCUCGAGCUUCGUUCGUUGUCGCUUCUUUUCUUGUUUACGAUCUUACUUGUUUUCCAUAAUGUCUCAGCAUGCUUCUCCUAUAUCAGCUUUCACCGAACUCGGUGCUACCUUUCAAGAAACUAUUGCAAAUGAAAAAUUAUCUAUGGUUGUUGGCCAGCGACAUAAACCUGCCAUGACGAAGAAGAGGACUGCAAAACAAGAAGACUCCGACGAAGACGACAGAUACUUGAAUGAACCGGUGGCUUAUCGCCCUUAUCCAGUUACCAAUACGAAAAUCAAAAAGACCAAGUAUUCCACUUCUCUAGAUCCCAGAGGUUAUAUCCCCGAAUGGGUACGUUCACUUCACAGGCAUUUGGAAAGCCCUUGGGAACAAUAA